CAUACAAGCUCCGAGGCUCCGAACCACAGUAUGUAACAGUCUAUGCUUCGUAUCUUCUAAUCACUGCUUCAGGAAGAGUGGCACAAGCUCCGAAGCCUCAGUGUGAUUUUCCCAUCAUUAAGUUCUAAUGCAACAUGUAAGGGAGGAGUGUGAUAAAGGGGAUAAAGUCCUGCUGGCAGGAGUUUCUAAGUUCAGACUGCACACAGAGAAGAAGUGCGUCAGAUCCUAGUCUUCGUUUGACACCAUGGCUCAAUACACUCGUGUUUUGGGGUCUGUCGGCUUGAUAACUCUGAAAAACCCGCCCGUUAAUGCACUCAGUGCGGUGGUGAGACAAGGCAUCGUUGACUCGGUGGAGAGAGCACUCAGUGAACCAGAAGUGAAGUCUUUGGUCAUCUGUGGCCAGAAUGAAAAAUUCUGUGGAGGAGCAGACAUCACGGAGUUUGGGAAAACGAUGACUGGUCCUCCACUGACACCGAUCUUCCAUGCUAUUGAGGCUGCAGCCAAGCCGGUGGUGGCAGCCAUAGAGGGGGUCGCUUUAGGUGGAGGUCUUGUGUUAGCGCUUGGCUGUCAUUAUCGAAUCGCACACUCUAAAGCCAAACUGGGGCUUCCAGAGGUUACUCUGGGUCUGCUGCCAUCUGAAACGGGAAGUCUGCGUCUGACACGGCUCAUUGGUGUCCCAGCUGCCUUAGACCUCAUCACCACAGGCCGUCACGUGACUGCUGCUGAAGCACUGCAACUUGGAAUCGUGGAUCAGGUUUUUGAUCACAAUACUGUGGAUGCAGCUGUGAAGUUUGCCUUGAGUGUUGCAGGACAGUCGCUGGAUGCACGUCGUAUUAGCACUUUUCCAUGCCCAAGCCUCCCUAAUCUGGAUGCCGUGUUUGACGCAGCGAUGCAGAAGGUGCGUCAAGCUGCCCGUGGAGCCAUAGCACCAGUUGCAUGCGUCCAAGCGGUGCGUGCAGCAGCCACCCUGCCCUACGCUCAGGGUAUGGAGCGGGAGAAAGAGCUGAUGGCCACCCUCUUCACCUCAGGCCAAGCCCGUGCUCUCCAGUACAGUUUCUUUGCUCAGAGAGCAGUCGGCAGGUGGAGCAUGCCCAGUGGAUCCCGGUGGGACACAAGCAAGCCCAAACCUAUACGUAAAGCAGCUGUCAUUGGUCUUGGUACCAUGGGAAGAGGCAUAACCAUGGGUCUCGCACAGGCAGGUUUGUCUGUGGUUGCCGUGGAGACCCAGGAGAAGCAGCUGAUGGAGGCAAAGCAAGCAGUAUCUGGUAUGUUGGAGCGAGGGGCCAAGAGACGGGGGGUGGCUCCUCUUCUGGAUAACAUCAGUUACAGCAAUAACAUCAAAACUGUUGGAGAUGUGGACCUGGUCAUCGAAGCUGUGUUUGAGGACAUGGCUCUGAAGAAGAAGGUCUUCCAGCAGCUGUCUGCCGUUUGUAAACCAGGUACGUUCCUGUGCACAAAUACGUCUGGACUGGACAUAGACGACCUGGCCUCUCAAAGCCCCAACCCAGAGCUGGUGGUUGGGAUGCAUUUUUUUGCUCCAGCCCAUGUUAUGAAGCUGCUGGAGGUGGUGUACGGCCCACGGUCAUCUCCUCAAGCUGUGGCCACUGCCAUGCAGCUGGGGAAAGUAAUGGGAAAAGUCAGUGUGGCAGUUGGAAACUGCCAAGGCUUUGUGGGGAACCGCAUGCUGUCGCCAUAUAUGAGUCAAGCUGAUUUCCUGUUGGAAGAGGGAGCCACACCUGAGUUUGUAGAUCAAGUGCUGGAGGAGUUUGGAUUUGCAAUGGGUGUGUUCAGGAUGUCUGACCUCUCUGGGCUCGAUGUAGGCUGGAGAGUCAGGAAGGCAGCUGGGCUGGUGGUGCCAGGGCAGCCAGUUAGAAUGAGACAAGGGUGCAGGUACAGCCCCCUCGGAGACCUGCUGUAUGAGCAGGGACGGUUUGGUCAGAAAACAGGCAGCGGAUGGUAUCAGUAUGACAAACCCGGCAGUCGGGUAGCAAAGCCUGACCCUUGGCUGCACGGCUUUCUGGAGGAGUAUCGAGCCCGUCACGGCUUGGUGGCUCGCCGCAUAGAUCACCAGGAAGUGCUGGAGCGCUGUCUGUAUUCCCUAAUCAAUGAGGGCUUCCGUAUCCUGGAGGAGGGAAUAGCUGCAGGGCCUGAAGACAUCGAUGUCAUCUACGUGUUAGGCUACAGCUGGCCCAGGCACCGUGGAGGCCCCAUGUUCUACGCUGACAUGGUGGGUCUGACCAAGGUCCUGGAGAGGCUGGAGUUCUACCACCAGGCUCACCCUGAUGUGCCCAGCCUGCAGCCCUGCAACCUGCUCAGGAAGCUGGUGGCCAGUGGCAGCCCACCUAUGCACAGGUGGAGGGAAGUCAUCAGGAAAGUCCACAGCCAACUUUAAACAACAUGUAGUGCUGUCAUGGGGGAUUGUUUUUAGGAGGCUGUACUGUGUACCCUGAGGUACCAGUUUAUUAGGAAUGCCUGUGCAACCAAAUGUAGAAACAAACCAAAACAAUCAAAAUUCUCUCUGUGUGCACCUGUUUGUAUCAGAGAAGUUUAUCCACUUAACUUGAACAUAAAAAUCAGGAAAUAAGGAAAUUGCUUUGUCACAGUUGCUCAGUGCACAUUAAAAAGAGGACAUAUUAAUAAACCAGAGCCUAGAAUAUAAUUAUAAUAAUUACAAAAAUGACACAUUGAGUGAAGUGAAAUGCAGAAGUCCAGACGUGCUGCACACGGUGUAAUCACAGUAUGCACAAAGUGCACAAAUGGACUUGUGCAGAUAGAUUAACGUUUAUUUUCAGAGGAAAUUACCCAUCAUGUGCAAAUGAAUGGAAAGUGUAACAUGAGUUGGUAUUGAAUUAACAUUAAAGAGAUGUGAAUAAAGAGAGUAAUUUGACAAUAAUGGAAAUGUACUUUGGCAUUAAUGGCAGUUGGCUGUAGAAGUCAUAAAAAUCACACAGCUACAGCAGAAAGUGCAGGAACUAUAUUUCUGGCUAGAAAGAGCUCCUGUGGUGAACAGCAGGACGCUCAACGGUUAUGACUCUGUGCCUGAACAUACUCCUCGGCUCUGAUGGAGGAAAGUUUUAAUGACAUUCUCCUCUACACUUUACUGAUUGUAUUAUCAUUUCUAAUAUUUUGUGUGCAGGUGUGGACAAAUUACUAGAAAUACUUCUCUGCCAUUGUGUCAAAGGACUUGAACACCACAGAAUUGGGAUUACUGUACUGCAAUGAAUGAAGUUGUACAAAUGUAACAAAGGGGCAAUUCACUGUACAGUGAGAUUUAAGAAACACUAAAAUGCAAAGCUGUGAAUGCAUUCUCUUCCUCUGUAAUAAUAGAUUUGCUAUAAUGACCUCCCUGAAGACUGAGAGCAGUUAAGCCUUGGGUUUCUAUAAUUCACCACAUUUUAGUAAAUCAUGCAGAAAAUUGUAACAUUUACAUGCAAAUAAGGAAAUGUUUUCUGAUUUUACUACAUUACUGGUAAUCAGUUGUGUAUAAUACAUAUUAGUACCUUUACAGCAUGCACAAAAUGGUCUGAUUUCUUAAUAAAGACAUGUUGUUAUA